CUAGCCAUGGACCUGCGCCGAGCUUUCGUCAAUGGAUGCCCAAGUGCUCUUCCUCUAUGCCAUGAACGCUGGAAAAACCCGGAGAGAUGAAGGCCAUGUGCACUUCCCAAAUUGAACCGCAUUCUUGUACUCGUGCUGGUCGGCGCAGAGGGGGCUGUACCACAGGCGCUCCGCGGCAUGCCCGGCGGGUUUGGAGGGCAGCAGCAGCAGCAGCAGCAGCAACAGCCAGCCGGCCGCGCCGUGUCGAAUAGGUUACCGAACGGGAAGAUAGGACCGGUAGGCAACGGGGCAGGGUGGUUCGGCGGCAUGCCCAUGGGAGGCAGCGCGAGCGUGCCACCAGGCGCGGCCAGGCAAAUAGGGGGGAAUGUCAGCUUCGCGCAGAGCUUGGCGGGCUCCCAGCCGGCGACGCCGUUGGAUUUAUCGGAGUUUCCAUCUCUGUCCAACACCUCUCAGCUUAGCUCGGCAGCCCAGUCAUCCAUGUGGUCGGCACAAGGGCCGCGAAGCAUUGGCGGAGGGGUGCAUCGUGGAGCAGGGACGCCGCUCUCGCAGCAAACUCAGCAGGAUGACCUCUUUGCAUCGCGGCUCUCGUCCGCCCAUGGAUCUUUCAGGUUUGGAAACCAAGGGAGUGUUCCCCAAGCAUCUCAGACGCAGUCAGGCCUGGCCGACGAUUUUCCGCCGCUCAACCGGGCGGCGAAUGGGGAGAUUGGCGCCCACGAUCGCAGCGGGAACCUGGUGUCAAACCUGGGGUUUGGUGGCCAGGCUUCGGCCCCUGGGUCCGCCAUGCAUGCGAACCGGGCAGGGAACGGGUUGCUGAGCGCGCUCUCAGCGACGUCGCGCGCUGCCGACGUCCGCUCGCCGGCUGCGAUAGCACGGCCUCAAGAUUCUCGGACGCCGGCUGGCGAGGACGAGCAGCGUCAGAAGCCGGCCGGCUAUCGUGAGGACGCGGCGGACGCGGUAGGCGGGAGAAAUCCGCUAGGAGCGAUCGGCAACGACCCUCCAACGGCUAAAGUCAAGGAGGAAGAAAAGGCCGCGGCUAGCCAGGUCCAAGAUCCGCUGGAGGGCAUGGCGCCCAUUGACAAAUGGGGGAUCAAGGGUCUCCGGACCUUGAUGAACAAUUUCCCGGACUACAACGCGCUGACGUGCGGCCUUGACCCGUCUCUUCUGAACGUGGAUAUGCGUUCAUCGGACGCCAUCUCAACCAAGAUUUAUUCGGUGUUUGACGACGCGCCCCCAAGGCCACCAGUACCAAACUUUCGCCUACCCGACUGCUACCAAGUUAAGAACGUGCAGCCGAUCGAGGCCAAAAUCUCGAGCUUCAACGAGGAGACCCUGAUGUGGAUCUUCUACAGCUGCCCGCGGGACAUCAAGCAGCAGAUGGCGGCCAUCGAGCUCAACAACCGGAACUGGAGGUGGCACAAGAAAUACCAGUUCUGGCUCACAAAGGACGACAUCAUGGCACCGCAGACCUUGGGGCCCGGCCACGAGCGGGGGUACUACAUCGUCUGGGAUGCGGCCAACUGGCGCAAGGAGCGGCGGGAACUGGUGUUGCAAUAUGUGGAUCUCGAUACGACUCCCACAACGCAGCUGCAGGGUCUGGGGGCAUGAGCCGAGCCCUCUGGUGUUUCUGGCGGAAGGGAACGGGGGAUUUUGGGGUUAAGGAUGGGCUGUGUGAAUCAAUUGUAGGCGUAAGCAGCGUCUGCACCAAGGAUGCGGAGGUUAACUACAGCGGAACC